AUGCUCCGUAAGCCCCCAACCUCUUGCACGGCCGCAGCGAUGUUGGACAAUAGCGGCUCGACAGAAGACGCUGCCGGCGGAGCGGGCUAUCCUGCUGUGCAUUAUAACCAGCAACCCAACAUGAGGCACGGCGAGCCGGGCCCACCGCAAUGGCCGGGCACCGGACCCAGGCCGAAACACCAUGACGCUGAUCCCGCAGAUGCGUCCGAACAAUGUUUCCAGAGCCGACCCUUCCGCGCGCACAAUCACCCACCUGGACCCAUGCGUCCUUCGAGCGCCAAGUCGCCCAGACCGGUCCUGCAGCUGAGAUCCGACGGGCAUGUGCCUCCUGACCUUGUGUCCCCCCGCAGCGAUUCCUUCUUCUACAGCCGGCCGGCCAGGCCAUGUCCGAGCCCUAGGACGAGAGCCGAAUCCGCGUUCCCGGGCUUAUCCUCGAACCCCUUCAUCCCGGAGUCGCCUGAGUCGGAGACAUCGCACCCCGAGAUUCGGAAAUUCCCACUACUUCCCCGACAACAUGAUCAGCUAGCCCGUUUGUCCCCAGUCUCGAACCCCGAGUCGCCCGUGGAUAGUCGGCAAGGCACGCCUACGGAGCCCACGAUGGUGGAGAAUUUCUCCCGGCCGCGGAAAACCAGUGUCAGGUCGCAGCAAUCCGACAGCGCCCUGUCGCGGAGUAACGUUAUGGCGGCACUGCGGCUGCAGGCCGGGCCGCCCCUGUUGGAUCAGCCACCGACAUGCAAUCCCCAACAAAUUCCGUCCAAUUCUACGCCGGGCCCGAAUCCUUGGCCGAGAACUCGACGUUUCUCGGGCUCCUCGUCCCAAACAUCCAGCACAUUUUCCUCCAUCCCUCCUCGCCCAAGCAACGAUUAUCUCAACACCACACCGAGAACCGAUUCCUUGAGGCAAGCAAGUUCCAGUGUCAUAGCCCCGCUGAACGCCGUUCCCAGACCGCCCCCGACUCACUACAAUCCCAACGGCCCGCAGACGCACCUCCGGGAGAUACCGCCCUGGUUAGCGAGCAGCGAGGAGACUCGGUCAAGUUUCCGGUCACAGCUCACCUCCUCGACGGCGCAGGGGACGCUUUUCACAACCAACGGGACCGAGAGGAAUAGCGUCGUGACUAAAGCGAGCAGCAUCACGGAGCAAUCAAUCAUCAAUGGCUAUUGGCGGAGGAGCUGGCGACCAAAUUCGGUGGAUGAUGGUCCAAGUCUCGAGGACGUGAUGGGAAUGUACGAAAGGGGCUUCAACGAUUCAGACAUUGAAAGCAUUCGCCGCAGCAUGCGACUCACCGAGGACGACAACAUUCCCGAGCCCGACGCCGAUGCCGAGGAACAGGAGAUGGAAGGCUCGCGACCAGCCAGCUGUCACUCAGAUGCGAGCGGGCUCCGGGCGAAGGUGCUGGAAGCGAUGAAUGACAGCCUGCCAAUCCCCGGAGCUGUGCCAAUACCGGAGUCGGGCCGCUCAACGGCGAGAGAGUCAAGGACUCGACAAUCACUACUACCGAAUUCACUACCGAAGGACCUAGGCCUCGGCCUCGCAACAGAACCGAGGCCGAAGCGGCAAUCGGCAGAGCAAGAUGCCAUGGAGAAGCACGACUCGGCCAAAUUGCUGGAUGGGGAUGACGACUUUGUCACUCUGAAGGACAAUGCGAUAGCUCAGCCUUCCUCGCCCACCUCGCCCACCUCGCCCACCUCGCCCAUCUCGCCUGUGCAAUUGCCAUCCCCCACAAUAGACUUGCCGUCGCCAAGCACUGUAACGCCGGCGCCCAUGCCUCGCGUGCCCCAAGAGCCGCCAGAAGAACCCGGCAGUCGUGAUCGGUACGGCUUCCGAAAGGCUAGCGCUAAUGUCACUCGCCAGGAGUAUGAUGCCUGGGAUCACACUUACAGCGAAUACCUGGCCAGGCGGCGCAGAAAGUGGAUUGCGUUUCUCAAGGACAACUCCCUGAUGACGGACAGGCCGAACCGGUUUCCUCCACGCAGCGCAAAAACGAAACGGUUCAUCCGGAAGGGGAUUCCCCCAGACUGGAGAGGAGCGGCGUGGUUCUACUAUGCCGGCGGGCCGGCUAUCUUGAGCAAGCAUCGGGGCGUGUAUGAUCAGCUGGUGCGGCGGGCCGGGCUCGAUCCCAAUGGUCCGGGCAGGAUCCCGAACCAGACAGGAGAAGUGAAACCUGUGAUCGUGGAGGAUAUUGAGAAGGAUCUGUAUCGAACAUUUCCCGACAAUGUCCGGUUCAAACCGCCGCCAUCACCACCUGGAGCGGCAUCUCCCCAGCCAGCCCUUUCGCAGCCCGCAGCCGAGCCCGAAAUCAUUACAUCGCUCCGUCGCGUUCUGCAUGCCUUUGCGCUGUAUAACCCCCGCAUCGGCUAUUGCCAGUCACUGAAUUUCCUGGCCGGCCUGCUUCUCCUCUUUGUUGAGACGGAGGAGCAGGCGUUCUGGCUCCUUAACGUCAUAACUCGAGUUUACCUCCCGGGCACUCACGAGAUGAGUCUGGAAGGAAGUAAGGUCGAUCUAGGAGUGCUGAUGAUUGCGCUAAAGGAUUCCAUGCCAGGCGUGUGGAAGCAGAUCGGCGGUGAUGAGCUCGAGGCAGGCAAGAAGAGCAAGGCAAGGCGUGGCCACAAGCUGGGUCAUGGCGGCAAUCCCGGCAGUAUCCACGAUCCCAACCGACUCCCUGCCAUCACUCUUUGCAUGACCGCCUGGUUCAUGUCCUGUUUCAUCGGCACCCUCCCCAUCGAGACGGUGCUGCGCGUCUGGGACGUGUUCUUCUACGAGGGCUCGCGCACACUUUUCCGCAUCGCUCUAACCAUCUUCAAGCUCGGCGAGCGCGAGAUCAAAGCGGUUCAGGAUCCCAUGGAGAUGUUUGGCGUGGUGCAGACGUUCCCCCGGCGCAUGCUCGACUGCAACACGCUCAUGGAGACGUGCUACAAGCGGCGCAACGGCAUCGGCCACCUCAGCCAGCAAGUCGUUGAGGAGAAGCGUAAGGAGCGGCGCGACGGCAUCCGCCGGUGGAAGGCCGAGCAGGAGGCCGCGGCCAGCAACCCCAACAGCCCGAGGCCGGCGACCAGGCACCGGUUCGGCGCCGCGGCGCUCGGGCUCGACCUGGCGACCGACUUUGACGAGGUCCGCCGGAAAGCGAACUUGUUUGUGCGCCGCAAGGACCGCGAGCAGGAGAGAGCUGCCGAGGUGGUGUAG